CAGAGAAAGCCCAUCCACUCCCCAAUCUUCUCGAACCACCCCACCCCGACAGCUCCGCCCCUGCUCCUACGCGCCGGCGGCAGCCUUUCUCCUUCCACGCGCCAUCACCCGCCGCCCCCCUGCUCCCACGCGUCGUCGCCAGCCGCCCCCCAGCUCCCACACGCUGUCGCCCGCCGCCCCCUGCUCCCACGCGCCGCCGCCGCUCGCCGCCCCCCUGCUCCCAUGCGCUGCCGCCCACCGCCCCCUGCUCCCACGCGCCGUCGCCCGUCGCCUCCCUGCUCCCACGCGCCGCCUGCGGCCUCACCGCUUCCACGCGCCGCCUCCGACCCCCUGCUUCCAACCCCCGCCGUCGGGGGCCACCCCAGCGCUGAAGAACAUAAACAUGGUCGCCCCGGUCGUUCAUUGCCACCAUCCUAGGUCGUUCAACAUGAUAGUGCCAAGCCGUUCGAUGCCCCAGCUCGGGAGGUGCCCGUCACAGCUUUCCCCCCACCUCCCGUUGCAUCGCCCCGGCCGUUCAUUGACACCAUCCUGGGUCGUUCAACAUGACAGUGCCAAGCCGUUCGAUGCCCCUGCUCGGGAGGUGCCCGUCACAGCUUUCCCCACACCUCCUAUUGCAUGUUCAUGCUCCUUCUAUUGUGUACAUUUUGUUCAACAUCUGGUGGUUUUUCAGUUCACCAUAGAUGUGCAUUUUCAGCUUCAUCUUGCAGAUGGAGAUGUGUAUAUGUAUACAUGUGUUAUGGAGAGAGAAGAACUUAUCUGGUGGUGUGUGUGUGGGCUGCUGCAUCCUCGUCCGGCCGCUCUAGUCCACACUCUCAGUACAACUUCUCUAUGACCUCAUGUUCACAAAUCUUGUAGUACAUUUUUUUAAUCAAAAUCUUGUAGUACUAUGUAAAGCAAGUGUGGCCAACACAUACUUUAGAAGUGAUGCUAAAAACUGAGAUGUCAAAUUUAACAUUCUAUUAUUUUCUUUUAGUUUUGGUGUCUGAAUUUGUGGAUAUGUGAGCAGGCCCCAAUAUAGAGGUAGGCCUUGUCACUGCAAAUUUAUUAUGCACCUGAUCCAAAUUCUUCUGAUGUUCUGGGCCUCUGGGGCAUGGGUCCAAUAUAUUAGUUUCUAUGCUCCACUGGUUCUCUCCACCACGAGCCCCAGCGUGGAUCACCCUCAGCGGCCAAAUCCAGGCGCGCCCAGUCACUGCUCGUGAACCCCGCCUCCAUCAGCUCCACUUCACCGGAGCCGUCAGUGCGCAGGAGUAGGGGUAGAAGGUUCUGGUCAGAGUUCGGACUAUACCAAAUGUCCAAAUUACAUGGUGUGGUCUUCUGUUCUUUCUGUUCAUUUCAAGGUAACUGUAGCUGAACUUGUGUUGUGUUGAUACUGAACUUGUGUUUUGGCUGAUUCUAAACUGAUGCGUAUCGAACAUUGGUGUUUAAACAAUUCUUGGUCCAUUGACUGUUUGAACUUGCGACCUUACUGCCUUGAACUAUGGUCUAAAAAAACUGAACUCAUGCAGGUACUUGGUGGUGCAGACUUGGUAGCGGUGAUAUUUUGGUUCGCUUAAGAGUUCACAAAUGAAGAUUUCGAACAACAAUCUCUAAAUAUUUUCUUGAUCACUAAACAAGACCAAUUUUAGCAUGUUUCCUGAAAUAUUUUAGCAUGUUUUAUGUUUCCAUCUACAAGUUCACACACUACUGUCUCGGACGUUCAAACAUUUUUUCCCCUGAUGUUCAGAUAUUAUCUAGGAGGAAUACAUGUUGUAACUUCGAGAGAAAACAUUCAUGUUGAUUACUCCCGUCAAGUGUAAAAUUUUGCCAAUAUACAAUCUAUAAGUUCAAUAUCCAGUACAUUAGUUUAGUAGUUGGUACUAACUACUCCAGUUUUUUUCUUGAUGUACCUGUGGUGUCUAGUUUUUCUUUCAGUUCAAUUUCUAAAUUUCAGCCAGUUCAAUUCGUAUGGUAGCUCCAAUUUAGUCAACGUGGUUAAUUGUUGGCUGGUGUGUGUGCAGGGUACCGUGAUAUUGAGUAGGCGCGAAGUGUAUCACUCCAGCAUGCCAUGCUCCAGUGCAUGUCAACGUCUUCUCCACUGCAACGGAAGCUGCAGAUUUUGCUCCGCUCUACUUGCCUUGCUAGUGUUUGCUUUAAUGCCUCAAUGGUGCAUUGUGCAUCUUUUGCACUCUGAAGACAGAGCUUGAUUAGUCUGUUUCUACUAUUAGUUCAUGCAAACCUUGUUAUAUGAUGUCUUCUUUUUCAUUGUUACUCGAUGUCUCAUUUUCCUGUUUUCUGUUAUUUUUUUCUAGGGAAGGUUCUUGUAAUUAUAGUUCUUUGAUUGUAUGAUGCAACCGCUUACUCGAUGUCAUUGUCAUUGUUCUUGUAGUUGCAUAUAUGGAAGUGUGUGCUUGGUUUGGUUCCAUUUAUCUUUCUCUCAUGCCUGCCCUUUUGAUCUUAUAGGAAUUGAGGCUUCGCCAAGGAACAAGACUGGUAACUAGCGCAAAUGAGACCAUGUCGAGAGGUGGCACUGCUAGACUUGUUGAUGUGUAGUUAUGGCAUAAAAAAGAUGGGAAAAAUGGUGUCUUGUAUGAUUCCAUAAGGUGUACGUAGCAAAUCUUCCCAUGUGGAUCAGUACAACU